AUGUAUGCGAAAAUUGAGACUGAACGUCUCAAUUACAUCCGGUUCAAUCAAAGUAAAUUGCGAUCAGAAGAAUACAUACAUUUGCGUGAUGCAAUAACAAAUGAUGGGAAUUUGAAUGAUAUUGGACGUCUGACGAUAUUACCAGCAUCUUAUAUUGGAAGUCCUCACCAUAUGCACGAAUAUGCUCAAGAUGCGAUGUCAUACGUGAGAAAAUACGGCCGACCAGAUUUAUUUAUUACAUUCACAUGUAAUCCGAAGUGGAGCGAUAUUCAAAAUAAUUUGUUUGACGGUCAAUCAACAACAGAUCGUCACGAUAUAAAUGCACGUGUUUUUCGGCAAAAAUUAAAAGCGCUGAUGGAUGUAAUUGUGAAAUUGCGCGUAUUUGGAGAAGUGCGGUGUUAUAUGUAUUCAAUCGAAUGGCAAAAGAGAGGUUUGCCGCACGCACAUAUAUUGAUAUGGUUGGUUCGUAAAAUCACACCAGAUGAAAUUGAUAAUAUCAUAUCAGCCGAGAUACCAGAUCAAACAAUUGAUCAAGAAUUAUUUGAAGUCGUCACAAAACAUAUGAUUCAUGGCCCAUGUGGCGUACUAAAUAUGAAUUCACCAUGCAUGAUUGAUGGAAAAUGCUCAAAGCGUUAUCCCAGAGCAUUGACUUCCGACACAAUAACAGGCAAUGAUGGAUACCCGUUGUAUCGACGACGGUCUACUGAAGAUAACGGUCAAUCAGUAAUGAUGAACAUUCGUCAUCAAGAAAUCAUCGUCGAUAACCGCUGGGUUGUGCCAUAUUCACCACUUCUGUCAAAAAUAUUUCAGUCUCACAUUAACCUUGAGUAUUGUAAUUCCGUCAAGUCAAUCAAAUACAUUUGCAAGUAUGUGAAUAAAGGAAGUGAUAUGGCUGUCUUUGAAGUACCUGAUGCUGACAAUAGGAACGAUGAAAUUACUCGAUAUCAAAUGGGCCGAUACGUUAGCAGCAAUGAAGCAAUUUGGCGAAUAUUUUCGUUUCCAUUGCACGAAAGACAUCCUGUUGUUGUUCAUCUAGCGGUGCAUCUUGAAAAUGGUCAACGUGUUUAUUUUACGACUGAAAAUAUACAGCAGAGAGCAGCACAACCACCAGCGACUACUUUAACUGCUUUUUUCGACUUUGUGAAACCGAUACAUUUGCCAGAAGGUACAGCAGUUGAUAGUCACCCAGGUAUAUAUUCAACAGAUGCUUUGGGCAGAAUGUAUACGAUUCAUCCCAACAACGCGGAAUGUUUUUAUUUGCGAUUGCUAUUGGUGAACGUUCAAGGACCAAGAUCGUUCGAAGAUUUGAAAAUAGUUGAUGGUCAUUUAUGUGAGACGUAUCGCGAGGCAUGUCACCUACUGCAUUUGUUGGAAAACGAUUCACAUUGGGAAUCGACGCUUCAAGAUGCAUGUGUUUCAUCUUUACCACAACAAAUAAGAAUGCUUUUCUCGAUUAUAAUAUCAACAUGCAUGCCAUCGAAUCCACUGGAAUUAUGGAACAAAUAUCAAGAUUACAUGACGGAAGAUAUUUUGAUUCGGAUGCGUCGUACGUCAAAUAAUCCAGAUUUGAUGAUUACCUUGGAAAUGUACAAUGAAGCAUUAAUAAUCAUUGAAGAUAUGUGUCUCAAAAUUGCGCAUAAAGCAUUAUCACAGUUAUCUAUGAUUUCACCUGACCGUCCGAUGCAUGAUUUGAUGGAUCAAGAAUUGCAACGUGAACAACAAUUCAAUUGUGACGAAUUGAUUGAAUUUGUGCAAUCAAAUAUUGACAAAUUAAAUGAUCAACAAAACUAUGUAUAUCAAACAAUUUUGCAAGCUGUUUCUGACAACACUGGCGGAUUAUAUUUCUUGGACGCACCUGGUGGAACCGGAAAAACAUUCAUUAUUACAUUGAUUCUGGCAGCUAUUCGAUCACAGAAAAAAAUUGCUUCGGCUCUUGCUUCUUCUGGAAUUGCUGCCACUUUAUUGGACGGAGGACGAACAGCACACUCUGCAUUAAAAUUGCCAUUGAACAUGCAAGUGAGUGAAACGCCGACAUGCAAUAUUUCAAGAAAUUCUGCAAUGGGAAAAGUCUUGAAGCAGGCAGCGAUUAUUCUGUGGGAUGAAUGUAUAAUGGCCAACAAAAAAUCGCUCGAAGCAUUGGAUCGAACUAUGAAAGAUUUACGCGGAAAUCAACAGCUGUUUGGUGGUGCCUUGAUAUUGUUAUCAGGUGAUUGCCAGUUCUUCCUCGAUCAACUCCUGCCGAUGAAAUAA